AUGGUGAAGGGUCCUAGUCUUUACACUGACAUCGACAAGAAAGCCAGAGAUCUGUUGUACAAAGAUUAUCACAGUGUCAAGAAGCUCACUAUCAACACUUACUCACCUACUGGAGUUGCUAUAACAUCCUCAGGAACAAAGAAAAGUAAAUUUUUUUUGGCUAAUGUUAAUACCCAGUUGAAGAACAAAAACAUCACUACUGACAUCAAAGUAGACACAAAUUCUAACCUUUUUACGACUAUCACCGUCAAUGAACCUGCUCCUGGUGUGAAGGCUAUUUUAAGCUUCAAAGUUCCCGAGCAAACAUCUGGAAAGGUGGAACUACAAUACUUGCACGAAUAUGCUGGAAUAAGCCGCAGUGUUGGGUUGAAAGCAAACCCAAUUGUCAACUUUUUAGUGUUAUUGGAACUAAUGCUCUUGCUUUUGGUGCUGAUCUUUCUUUUGAUAACUAAACUUGGAGAGCUUACAAAAUUUAAUGCUGCUAUGAACUUUGUCAAAGAUGACUUGGUUGGGUCAUUGACUCUAAAUGAAAAGGUGACAGUUGAUUAG